AGUUGCAUAGCAACCACUACAAAAAACAACUGGCGUCACGUUUUGAGAGCCACACAAAUAUUAAUUAGUUAGCAACAUUGCUCUUCAUUUUCGGUUUGGAUUCUCCUCGUCAUUUUACAAGACGAGACCUGUGGAUAUGUUGAGGAACAAGAGGGAACUAAAAACACAAGGCUUCACCGUGAAGGCCAAUAUGAAGAACUCCGUGGUGGUGGGUCCCCCGGCUGCAGGGGCUUUUCGGGAGCGCCCUUCCAAACCAACUACCUUUCGCAAGUUCUAUGAGCGUGGCGAGUUCCCAAUGGCGCUAGAGCAUGACACCAAAGGAAACCGCAUUGCAUGGAAGGUGGAGAUUGAGAAGCUGGACUACCAUCACUACCUGCCUCUGUUCUUUGAUGGAUUAUGUGAGACUGUUCAUCCGUACGAGUUCUUCGCCCACCAGGGAGUCCAUGACAUGCUGGAGCACGGAGGCCCCAAGAUCCAGCCCGUCAUUCCCCAGCUCAUCAUCCCCAUCAAGAAUGCCCUGAACACAAGGAACCGUCAGGUAAUCUGCACCACCCUAAAAGUCCUGCAGCAUCUGGUCAUGUCUGGGGACAUGGUGGGAGAGGCUCUGGUGCCCUACUACAGGCAGAUCCUCCCCAUUCUCAACAUCUUCAAGAACAUGAACAUCAACUCUGGAGACGGCAUCGACUACAGCCAGCAGAAGAGAGAGAACAUCGGUGACCUGAUCCAGGAAACUCUGGAGGUGUUUGAGCGCUACGGCGGAGAGGACGCCUUCAUAAACAUCAAAUACAUGGUGCCCACCUACGAGUCCUGCAUGAUCAACUGAGGGGGUGUGGGGUCUCCCUGACAUUGCACAGACUCUUGACUUUACCUCUUUGUCAGUCCUUCUUUAUCUGCCCCCCACCUCUAAAUAAAACUCUUAUCUUAUCCCUGUCUUUAUCCAAGCCCUCCCCUAAUCUCAACUUCACUCCAUUUGUUCUUUUUUUGUUUCUGAACUGAUCUCUUACCCCACGGACACCCAGCGUUCCUUCCUCUGCUCUGUUGUGCUCCGCUUUGCCGAGCACAAACCCUCUCCUCCUACCGCUCUACCCGCUCUGCUCUCUAGCAUAUCCUUUUAAACCCCUAUUAAAUUCAUAACAGCAAGUCAUGAGGUAUUUUGUCCAUCUGUAUCUGUGUGUUUAUUACUGUAACUUGUUAAAAGCAAUACAAGCUUGACAGAACAAAUUUGCCUUAUUAAAAUAUACCAGUAUGUUUAAUAUAUUA